AUGUCGCAGAGGUAUUACUGGUCCACCAUGCGUCGCGACGUCCGGAAGCAUGUGCAGCAAUGCCUGGAGUGUCAGCGUUACAAAUGCAGCAACCUGAAACCCGCAGGUUUGCUGAAGACGCCGGUCAUGGCCCAGCGCUUCGAGGUUCUGGCGAUGGAUCUCUUUGGACCGCUGCCACCCACCGACCAGGGGGAGAGAUGGGUGUUCGCAAUCGAAGACACCGCCACCAGGUGGAUCGACAAUGGUCCGCAGUUCGUGAGCGACAUCUUGCAAAAGGUGUCGUACUGCCUCGGAUUCGAGCAGAACCUGACCCCUGUGUAUCACCCGUCGUCCAACCCGGAGGAAAGCAGAAACCGCGAUUUGAAGACACAGCUGGCGAUAAUCGUGGAAAAGGAGCAUACAAAGUGGAGUACUGCUUUGCCCGCAGUGCGCUUCGUGAUGGACAGUGCUCUCCAUUUAGGUGUCGAUCAAAGCCCCGCGUACUUGUGCUUUGGUCGCGAAUUAAGGACACCCCUGGAGGUGCACGAUGACCUGCGUGCGGUGGUCGAGAGUGAGAACUUUGUCGCGGAAAUAACUCCGUAUUUGCAGACAAUUUCCGAAACACUAAAGUGCGCGGGCGAAACCUCCGAAAGGAACCAGGACCGCGCCAAACUUUACGCGGACCCAAAACGUCGGCCCGGUCCCACUUACAAGAAGGGCGACCGUGUGCUCGUCGAUGUACAUGCCCUGAGCAAGGCCGACAGCCACUAUAGCAGCAAAUUCGCCCCGAGACAUCGAGAGAGGUAUCCCCGGUCACCUACGUCGUGGCCUCACCCAACAAACUGGACGAACCCCUGGGGAAGUAUCACACUUCAGCCCUGCGCCCCUAAGAAAAAGGUGCCCAAGACGUGGACGUCCAAGGAAGAACCUGAGGAGGUCCCGUUCCCGGAGUCGCCACAGAAUCCGAUAGAGCCUACGCCUUCCCAGCCUGGAACGCACCGCCGCCGCCAGGGUUUUGGAUUCCUCCUGGGGGCAGUGAGCGGAAUCCAAAAGGGGAGUGUAACGCGAGGCCGCUAG